AUGCCUGGGUACAGAUUUCUCACUGGUUGGAAGAUACCCUUCAAAAAAUCUUUCCAGGUAUUCCCAGACCCAGAAAUAGGUAUCGCUUUUACUGCCCACUAUGAAAGGUACACUUACGUAGGAGAUAAGAUCGACGACGUAAAGGUGGAUAUCAAUAGGAGAUGGGAAAUCAAGUCCAGUACAGACCUCAAAUUAUCCUUUCUUGGUCAUAUGUUGCUGGCUUUCAGUUCCGAUGCCAAAUUUCCUAUGUGCACUUCAAUUAUCUCUGACAGAAUGAACAAAUAUCAGCCAGGGACCGUGUUUACGUGCCACGAACAACGUAGGCUUUGGGACGCAUUCUGUUGUGACAGUGAACUGUACCAUGAUUGCCAGGGCAAUGCUAAGGGCAGCUGCCAGGCUAUCCCCGGAGAAGAGCAAUGCUACAUAAAGUACAGCAUGUCGGUCGUCAAUCCGCCGGAACCAAUGUUCGGUCAGUGUCUAUACAACGACUUCAAAAGGGAUGAACCAUGCUCAUGCGAACUCUGCACCAGUACAUAUUGGACCGACUGGAGCGACUACGACAGAAACUGUGGUGACGCUUUUCGACGCCGUUACCGAGCACCAGACAAAGAACCCUCAUUGGAUUGCUUAAAAGCUAAUAAGACGUGCUGUGUUGAAGUCGAAAUGGUGUACAAAGGCGACUGCCCUUGCACAUGGAAUGAAUAUACGUGCUAUCACGGUGGAACCUGCUAUGACAUCGACGAAAAGCGAUCAGCUUGUCGCUGUACCGCACUGUACACCGGUGUCACAUGUGAAACACGUAAGUUAAGUAUCGUUUUUGUACGCAGACUGUUGAAACCUGUGGCGAAACAGGGUUACAUUCUAAAUGACUGUCGAUGCUCAGCAAAUUGUAACUAA